AUGGACGCGGCUUUGGACGUCCUGCUGGCAGGGCGAUCUGUGGGAGAGGCUAUUCAAAAGGUGGCAGAAACUAUUUCCUCUAGGUCGGCUAUUCGACCUCCACCUCCUCCUCCGGUCUCUUCUCGGGCUUCUAAGCCCAGCUCUCGACGCAGCAGGUCGUCCCGGCCUUCCCGCCAAGAGGGGUCGAGCUCUGCUCAUCAGUCUAUACAAGCCCCCCGGCCUCAAGGUACUUCUAAUGAGGGGAUGGAAGAGGGUCCCAUGAUUAUUUCUAAAAUGGCUGAGGGUGUCGGAUCGAUGAGGUCGGACCUUGUCCUUCCUACUGUGGGCGCUUCUGGGGUCUCCGCUGCUGUUGAAGAGGAGGUCCCCGGGGGGAGGCUCGAGGUCCCCAUUACAGAAGAGGGAGCUCCUGGGAAAAGAGCGGAGGUCAUUCUCGUGGACGAAGAUGUCUCGGAGGCCCCCACCAAUGAUGCUCUUGCCCCUGAAGAGGUGGGAUCUGACUCUGCCAAGGAUGGAGGUGUCACAGAGAAGGCAGGGGACAAACUUCCUGCCUCCCUUGAAAUGCCUGCCCCAGCUCCAGCUCAGAAGAAGUCCAGGGCUUCCAAGGGAUCAGCUCCAGCCCUUCCUCCUAUUGGAGAGGAGAAAGAAGGUUCUAAAGAAUCGACUCCUGCUCUCCCUCCUCCCGAAAAGAAGAAAGAUGUCCCUGUGAUACCACUGUUGUCUGCUCCUGACAACGACAUUCUGAACGUGGAGGAUAUCAUUCAUCAAUCUCUGGCGAGCGUGGUUGCUGAGAUUGUCAAGGAGCGGAUGUUUGGUGGCGUCAUGGAGGCUUCGGACCCACGCUUGCUUGCUCUCACUGGUCUCUUAGCUAGCUCUACUAGGGAGCAAGCAGCGUUCCGUUCUCGACCUCGUGGGGAGCUCGGAGAUACAAUCAGGGAGAUGCUUCUGAUGAGGUGGAUGCUCGCGACCACGGUAGCUCGAGUUCAUACCCAGUCCCUCCAGGCAGAGCUGCAUUCUGCAUUGGAGGCCCUCAAAAGAGCUGACGGGAAGGCGGCUGAGGCACAGGAGCACGCCGAGUCCCUGGAAGCAGAGUUGUCUCAUACCCGCAGGGUUCUCAAGGAGUCUGAUGAGAGGGCGGCUGCAGCUGAGGUUCGAUGUGAAGAAGUUUUGAAGCAGCUGUCCUCCAUGGUGGAGACUCUUCGUGAGAAGGACGAGGCUGUGAAUCAGAAGGAUGAGGUCCAGCGUCAAUAUGUGGCCCUAAAGGCUGAUUUUGAAGGAGCUCAAGUUCACCUUGAUAAGGUGAAGGUUCAAAAGGAAGGAGCCCUAGCUUGGGUGGAGGUUCUCGAGCAGGAGCUGAGCAAAAGUUCUGAGCGUAUCAGAGACCUGGCUUCAUCGACGGAGGAGUCCAAACUUCACAAUCAACAGCUUAGUCAAGAAGUCAGGACUUUGGAGCAUAAAUGCUUAGCCCUGCUCGAGGAGGCCAAACAUGUUGAAGACAGGAUCCAGUUGGAGUGCGAGAGGCGUUUGAUGGAGUAUAAGGAAUCAGCUGAGCUAAAGGAGAAGAUUGAACAAGCAUGUGAAGCUCAUCUUAGAACUUACAAGGAUUCUCCCAAACUGAAAGCAAUUAUAGCUGAGGCCUGCCAGUCACGACUUGCGGAGUAUAAAGCCUCUGAUGAGAUGAAGGUCGCUAUUUGGCACAAAGGCUUUCGCAUGUACGUGUCCGGUUUCAAUAGGGGUUUGAGAGAUUCCAGACUUGCUCUUUCUACCCCUCUAGCAAAGCUCCGAGCUGCUGAGGUGGACUCCGAUGGUGAGGACGUGUUGUAUGGUGAGGAUGAUCUGCCCUUACCCAAAGGAACCUCUCGCACUAUAGCUGGGUCCUCUGAGGCAAAACCCAAGCAAGGGGAUGAAGACGCUGGGCCUCGAGGGCAGGAGAUCGUACCUUUUGUCGGUACGAAGGGCUCUGAGCAGGAGGAUGGCAGUUCUCCCGUAGAUAGUAAUGUAAAUAGUAUGAACGAUAAUGAUGUAAAUGUGGAUGAUGACAUGCCUAAACAUGUAAGUCCUUUAAGGACAAUUUUGCCUUCAUCGGAGUAG